UUUUUGUAAUGAGCACAUGUAGCCUUCACAGUAAGGAAAGUAUAAUAAAAGGAAAACUUUAAAUGUGAUAUGCAAUAAAGAUUCCUUGAUAGUAAGACUUCAGUAUUGUUCACCCUCACCCCACUCCCUGUAUCCAGUGGAGUGCCAUGCUCAAGAAAUACUGAAUAGUCACCACCUUCACGUAGCAUGUGGUCUGGAAGGUGAGCGGCUGGGGCCAGAGAGGAGGAGUCUAUCAUAAAGGGGACUGAGCAGGGUGUGUGACAGUGACAGGGCCAAUGGGACACACGAGGACCUGCUCACUAACAGUAGUGACUUCAGAUGAAUUUUUCUUAAAAUUUUUAUUUUGACAAUUUCAGACUUGCAGAAAUGUUGUAAGGAAAGUACAAAUAAAUAAUUUACAGAUACUCUUCACCCAAACUCUUAUCUGUUAACAUUUUACUAUAUUUUCUUUCCACUCUAUUUCAAGAAGAUCAGACACAGAGAAAGGGUAAGUCUGUGUUAAGGUAUUCUGUUUUCUAAAUUCUUCUAAAAUCGUUCCCCUGUAUUAGAAUCCCUCUAGGGGGAACCUUCCUCUUUCAGAGGCUACAGACUCCUUUCCCCUCCUUGCCCAACCUGCUCCCUUUGCCAAGAACACUUAUCAGGAAGAAGUGUUUGCUCAGAGACGCUGACAAGACAGAGACUGUUAUAGGAAGGAAGGAAGGAUACUGCCUGAACAGAAGGAGCGUAUUCUCAUUGGAAGAGCGUCCACCACCACAGCAAACUAAGGCCACUGGGAAGAUCGCCACCUGCAGACCAGCCGAGUCUUCCAGGGAGAGAGCAGGUGUUCCUGAGGAAGAUACUGAGCUGAGAGCUCCAUUUUCUGCUGGUCUUCCGCACCUCACAAGGAAAGAGUUAGACGGCUAUGAAAUUUAUCUUCUGUUUGAGUGUCCUUGCUGGGACAAUUUUCCCCGCUCAAUCAUCCGUGCAGAAAGAAGACCAUGCCCCCUAUUUGGUAUACCUCAAGUCUCACUUCAACCCCUGUGUGGGUGUCCUCAUCAAAAGCAGCUGGGUGCUGGCGCCUGCUCACUGCUACCUACCAAACCUGAAAGUGAUGCUGGGAAAUCUCAGGAUCAGAAUCAGAGAUGGGACAGAGCAGAUAAUUGACCCUAUCCAGAUUGUCCGCUACUGGAACUACAGUCAUAGUUCCCCCCAGGAUGACCUCAUGCUCAUUAGGCUGGCUAAGCCCGCCAUCCUCAACCAUAAAGUCCAGCCCAUUCCCCUCGCCACCAGCACCGUCAAGCCAGGCACCAUCUGUAUGCUUUCAGGCUUGGACUGGAGCCAAGACAACAGCGGCAGACACCCUGAUUUAAGGCAGAACCUGGAGGCCCCCAUGAUGUCUGAUGCAGACUGCCAGAAAACCGAACAAGGAAAAAGCCACAGAAACUCCAUAUGCGUUAAAUUUGUGAAAGUGCUCAGUCGAAUUUUUGGGGAGGUGGCCGUUGCUACUGUCAUCUGCAAAGGCAAGCUACAGGGGAUCGAGGUCGGACACUUCAGGGAAGGGGAUGUGGGCAUCUACACCAAUGUUCAGAAAUAUAUCACCUGGAUUGAGAACGUCACUGAAGACAAAUAAGACCAUACUACUCCCUCUGCAUCCCAGUGGCUCUGCCAUUGACAAUACUAACCGCAACUUUCCCCAAAUUCAAAAUAAAACAUCCAAAUAGAAAUAUUUGGAUGUAUCACACCA